CUAUAAGCAGUUUGCCAGCCCCCAUAAGGAGACAGACGAAGAAGAAAACGCGGAAGCUGCCGUACAGCAGCAGAAUGAUCGUGAAGCUAGAAACAGCAGCGUGCUGAUUUAGAUUAAAGUGCCGUGUUUGUGAACAAGCUCCUCUGCAGAAAUGGAAGCUGCAGGAGGAGAGGAGAGUAUGUUUGUUCAAGGGGCUGCGGCAGCAGAGGUACCAAGCUUCCCUGUAUAUGGGCGAACUAAUGCCAAGCCAGUGUGGGCUUCCCUGGAAGAAGCAGCUCAAAUGAAAACAGAAGGAAAUGCGUUUUAUAGGGAUAAGAACAUUCGCUCUGCCAUUGGGCGUUACCACCGUGCACUGCUGAUCCUCAGGGGCCUGGACUCGGAGGCGAUGGCGUCAUUGAAAGUGUUUGGACCUGGACUGCCUGCUCUCACACCUGAACAGGAUGCUACACUGAGAAACACUCAAGUGGACUGCUACAACAACUUAGCUGCCUGUUUACUGCAGAGACAGAAAGUUGACUAUGCCCGUGUGCAGGAGUACAGCUUGCAGGUUCUCCAGUGGCGACCAGGUGACGUAAAAGCACUAUACAGAGCUGGAGUUGCAACCCUGGAGAUGGGAGAUGCACAGACUGCCAAGCAGUACCUCUCCCAGGCCUGCAGAGAGCAGCCUAAUGAUACCAAUGUGAGGAAGCACCUGCAGAGGGCAGAGGAGAGGCUGAGCAAAGAGCUACAAAAAGAAAAAGCCAUGUAUCAAGGCAUGUUUUCCUCCAGCCUAAAAAGCAGCUCUGUUGACGAGAUGAAUGAAACCCACAGAACGGAUGAGGAUGUCAACCUGCAAGAGGAGACUUCACCCUGAGACUGUUUGACCUCAAGUGAUCACAAAACCAACUGAAUGUUCACACACCUUGAAUCACUUAUGUUACGAUGUCCCCAGUAGAUCUUAAAGAGGCAGACAUGUGCUUCAUACAGAAUACUGAAAAGCAGUCAGUUGGAAAGUAAAGAUGAUGCUGCUGAAAAUAGAAAGGAGAGGACGGGGAAGUCAGUUUCCUAGCAACAGAGACACAAUGCUGUGUUUUGGCCCGAAAGAGCAUGUUUCACAAACAUGCUUCUGGAAGCGAAAUUGUGACUCUUGAUGCACUACACAAAGGUCUGAUGAUGCUGUCUUGACUGCAGCUGCCUGAUCGUUGCUGUUGAUGUGUUUUUUUCCAAGUAAAAUGUUGCUUUUUAUAUAAAUGUC